AUGGCGAACGAGCGAGCAAACCCCACGAGUGGAGCUCACGAGGCUCACCCACCAAAUGACCCCAUGGCCCGACUAGAAGCUAUGAUGGCAGCGAUGGUGGCAAGCGUCGACCAACGUUUCCACCAGAUAGAAGAGGCGAUGCAAAGUCAGAACCGCACGCCUAGCGAAUCGAUGCCGGAUCAUGUGCGAUCCGAACCUGAAGCGACCAACAUUGCCGGUCCUUCCGUCGAACAAGUGAGAGAAGAUCGCGAUGACAGCGAGAGGAUUAUAACCUCUCGCCCGAGAGCGAUGCUGCCGAAUCCAGCGAUGUUUUCGGGAUCAGUUAGCGAUUGGCCUUCCUGGAGAAUCCUGAUCGAGAAUAAAUUGAGAGUAGAUGGAAUGUGCCUCGGUUCCCCCGCGGACUAA